AUGCCCCAAUCGGUCGAUUUAAACGUCAAAACAUCAUCGCCGCCGGCGCGACAGAAUCCAGGCGCAGCUUGCGAAGAAUGUCGUCGUCGUAAAGUACGUUGUGAUAGGCAACAACCCGCGUGUGGCCUCUGCUCAUCCUCUGGCGUACAAUGCCAAGUCACAACACCUCGUCCUCCUCGUGGACCGAAGCGAGGAUAUCUAAAAGCGUUACAAGCUCGAAUCGCUACCCUUGAAGGAACCCUACUCCAGCAACAGCAACAACAACAGCAGCAGCAGCAACGCCAGAACAGUAAUAAUCAUACGAUAACUAUAUCUCCCGAAGAAAACUCAAUUGAGAGCAUUACAUUUACCGAGCAAGCACCGUUAACAUGGGACUUUCCGAUCACGACAGACGGAGACACAACACUUCGCGAUCUAUGCCAGGGAACUGCACCAGGGACGGCAUCGGGUGGAUCGUCGUUAGAUGGCGGUUCAGUACACGCCUCAACAUCACCUAUACAAGGAUUUGAGACCCCAAGCGAUGGAGUGGGCCUUCAAGAAGCAUUGCUAGGACGGAAGAUGUCGGAGCCGUUGGACGGGCUGGACGGGAUCAACAUAUCAAAUUUAAUGCAGGCAGACCUAGAUCAACUCUACUUCGAUAGGGUGCACACCUUUGCGCCCGUCAUACAUCAACGACGGUACUUCGCCUGGGCGCGCAGUAUGGCUAAGACGGAAGCUCAAUCUUGUCUACGCUACGCUAUGUGGACUCUAGCGGCAUCGGUCUCGGCACAUUAUCAAAACAUCGGCGACGCUUUAUACCGCUACACCCGUCGGGCUCUCGAAGGCCUCGAUUCAAAGUGCAUGAGGAUUGCGACGACCGAGAUGGAGCAAAUACAGGCCUGGCUCCUCCUAGCUAUCCAUGAGUUCAUGUGCGUCGAUUUUAAGAGAGGAUGGGUGAGCGCCGGCCGUGCAUUCCGACUAAUCCAACUGAAUUGGCUCGAAUAUUCGGAUGGUCCCGACGGAAACCUCACACGGACGGAUUGGGUAGACAUGGAGCAAAAAAGGAGGACAUUUUGGUUAGCUUACUGCUUGGAUCGGUUCGUCAGCGUUCGGAAUAAUUCGCCGACGACCUUUAGCGAACAGAACACGAUUCGGCUGCCGGCACCGGAAACGGAAUUCCAAAACGAGCAACCUACUUUAACCGGAUUUCUUUUGGAUGCUGUAUCGACGAGGGAUGCUAUUUCCCUGUCAACGUUCACGGAGUCCAUCGUCGUCGCGACCGUCAUUGGCCGUGCGCUAUCACAUCGGCAGCAAUCCAUGAUCGACAAUUUGUAUCUCAACGAAACGCGGGAUUUUUGGGAACGGCACGAAUGGAUUAACGCUCUUCUUAUACAGCGGAUGGAAGUGUUCUCUUUAAACUACCCUCUCUCGGCGCAGGAAGCCGAUCCCAUGCUCCUUUUCAUUAGCAUGAUGUGGCGGACAACCGUACUCUACAUGUAUCAGCUCUUAAAAACCAUCGUGCACCCCACCGACGAAAAGAGAUCGGUCUUAUCAGAUUACACGAGACAAUCCACAGUUGCUGCUAAGGAGAUCGUAAGCUUAACUAACAAGUUGUCGCAAUUAAAUUCAUUCAAGGUCCAUCCUCUCACCCCAAUCCCAUUAUCGUUAUGCACAGAAUUUUUUGUCUCUUACCAUGAGCUAGGUGACACCUACAGCAAGCAACUGCAGGACAUUACUGAAGCCAUGCAUGGUCUAAUGAGUUUCAGCAAUCUUGGACUGGGUCUCGGGGCUUAUUCGAGAUAG